AUCCCUUUUUUCCUCACAAUUCACAGAAAUGGCGGAAGUGGAGGGUUUGAGAUUCGACUCGUCAAUCAAACGGGUUAUUUUGAGUAAAAAGGGCUGCUGGUUCGCAUCAAAGGUAAGGUGUUGCUUUCUCUGUGAUGUGGCUAUUUAGAUAUCCAAGCAGAAAGGUUCUGAAGCUCAAAUAGCAGAACCAAAAGGUUUUUAAUUUAAGGAGCUCCUGCUCAUAAAUUAAAGGUCAAGUCUUGUUUUCUAUUGCAUGGAUGCUUCCAAGAGAGGAAACUAAAAUUUCCAAAGUUGAUUAAUUCAAAUCUGUCUUAAUUAACUUGUGUUUUCUAGCUUGAGAGAUACCAGAGCAGGUUUUGGAUUUAAGGGGCUCCUGCUUAUAAGUAAAAUCAAAGGUCAGUCUUCUCUUCUCUGUUGCAUUCUCAAUAACUUUAAUAGGAUGCUUCCAGGAAACAAGAUUUCCAAAGUUGGUUAAUUGACUUGGGUUUCCACGAGGGACAAGAGUAGGGUCCCUUCAUCUUAUCUAUGCACUCCUGGUUUUACUACAUAUGCAAACUUCAAUUGGAUCCAAUUCAACAACAACUGAUGAUGGAGUUAAGUGCAUAGAGAGCGAAAGACAAGCUCUUCUUGCAUUUAAGCAAGGCCUGGUUGAUGAACAUGGGAGGCUUUCAUCAUGGGGCAGUGAAGAAGAGAAAAAGAAUUGCUGUGAAUGGGAAGGAGUUCAAUGUAGCAACAAAACUGGGCACAUCACUAUGCUUAAUCUAACCACAUAUUCGUAUGACCGUCAUUUUAUCUUAAGAGUGGAUCUCUUCCUAGUCAGCUUGCAAAAUGCAAACCUUGCAAGUCUACAGUACCUUGAUCUUGGCUAUAACAAUUUCAACAGUGUCAAAAAUCUUGAGUGGCUCUCUCGUCUUUUUCACUUGCAAUACCUUGGUCUGAGUGAUAUCGACCUUAGUAAGGUCAACAAGGAUGGGCUGCAAGUAAUUAAUAAGCUCCAUCAUCUAACUAACCUGUCUCUAUAUAGAUGUAACCUUCGAGAUGUCAUUCCCCAGUAUUUCCCCAUAAUUAAUACUUCUAGUACUCCUCUUAUUCAACUUGGUCUAGGAAGCAACAAUUUGACUACUUCUGCAUUCCUGUGGUUGUUCAACUUUAGCAACAGCCUUGUUAGUCUCGACUUGAGUUCUAAUCAAUUUCGAGGUCCAAUUCCAGAAACUUUUGGUCACAUGACUCCUCUGGAAGAGUUAUAUCUCAAUGAUAAUCAGUUUGAGGGGGAGAUUCCAAAAUCCUUUUGGAGUGGUAACUUGUCAUCAUUGCGAUACUUGUUGCUUUCAAAAAAUAAACUGAGUGGUAAUAUACCCAAAAGUAUCGGAUUGCUGUCAAAGCUUGAGGCCUUAUCUAUUUCUUUCAAUUCUUUUAAUGGGGUGAUCACUGAGGAACACUUCUCAACACUAUCUAAUUUAUGGGGGUUAGACUUAUCUUCUAAUCAUCUGAGCAUCAACUUUAGCUGUGACUGGAUUCCUCCAUUCCAGUUGAAAUACAUUCUUUUAGGGUCUUGCAAGUUGGGACCUGAUUUUCCAAGCUGGUUACAGACCCAAAGGAGCUAUAAAUAUCUUAAUAUUUCUGCAACUGGAAUUUCAGAUAGCAUCCCUAUCUGGUUUGGUAACUUACCUUCUACAGCACGAGGUUUAGAUCUUUCUUCCAACCAAAUCAGGGGAAUUCUUCCAGAUUUCUCAAGGAAUUUUUCAUCUGAUUCUUAUGACCUAGGGAUAGAUACAAGUGGAAAUCAUUUGGAGGGUCCAUUGCCAUCAUUUCCUGGUAAUACCACGCACAUAAACCUCUCAAAAAAUAGUUUUAAUGGGUCAAUUUCUUCCCUCUGUGCCAUGACUGAUAUGUCCCUUGAGUUCCUAGAUCUUUCAAGGAAUCAACUAUUUGGAGAGCUUCCUGAUUGUAUGAUGCGUUGGUCAAGCCUACGGAUUCUAAAUUUGGCUAACAAUCAUUUCUUUGGAAAAAUUCCGAGCUUUGUGGGAUCUCUCACAUUGAUUGAAACGUUUGAUUUGCAAAACAACAGCCUCUCUGGGAAAAUUCCUGGCUCUUUAAGGAACUGCAGUAAAUUGCAAUUUCUGGGUUUGAGUAAUAAUAGAUUGUCUGGAAUAAUACCAAGUUGGAUUGGAGAAAGGUUAAAUUCACUAAAUUUCCUUCUUCUAAAAUCCAAUUAUUUUAUUGGAGAAAUCCCUUUGGAAACAUGUCAGUUGACAAAUAUUCUGUUGUUGGACCUCUCUAACAAUAGUCUCUCUGGACACAUACCACGAUGCAUUGGUAAUUUGACUGCCUUGGCCAGAAAAGACAUUGCAGCCCGAGGUCAUUUCUUUAACUAUUCUCAUGUUAGUUCUACCUAUGGGAGCUAUGCUGACAAAGCAUCUGUUAUAUGGAAAGGAAUAGAGUAUCAUUAUGAAAAUCUCACACUUCAGAGGACAAUUGAUCUUUCAAGCAACAACUUAACAGGAGAAAUUCCAGUCCAAAUUUCGAGUCUUUUUGAAAUGCAUCAAUUGAAUUUAUCAAGAAACCAUUUGAUUGGAAGAAUUCCACCAGAUAUAGGGCAGAUAAGACAGUUGGAAUCGCUUGAUCUUUCACACAACAGGCUUUCAGGCCGGCUUCCUCUAAGCAUGUCCCAAUUAUAUUCUCUCAGUAAGCUGGACUUAUCGUAUAACAACUUUUCUGGGAGAAUUCCAACCAGCACUCAAAUGGACACCUUUAAUGCUUCUGCAUUCGCUGGUAAUCCUACACUUUGUGGACCGCCUCUAACACCAUCAUGCCCAGGUGAUGAAAAAUUGAUAGAUGAUGGUGUCAAAUACAAUCAACAAGACAAAGAUGAAUUCUGGAAAGCGUUUCAACCUAGUAUGAAACUCGGAAUGGCUUUUGGCUUUUUGGGAGUUCUGGCUCUCAAGAUAGAUCAUCCCUGGAAACAUGUUUGUCUCUUGCUGUCCAACUACAUGAAGAAAACUGGCCCAUCUUCUUCUUCGAUUACUGCAUCACCAUCACUCUCUACUCUUCCAAACUCUUUCUCAGACUUGGCAAUGACGGAUUCAAAAUCUCCGUCGACAGCAACGAAGCAUCAUUCACCGACGAAAGCAGAAGCCAAGGCAAUCUCUUUACUGUACGCCACAGGGAGAACGAUGGUGUUUGCUUAUGGCGUCACAUUUGCUUUUGUUGUUUGUACGGCUUUCUUGGUGCCAAACCCAUCUUCCAGUUCCUCUCCUUGGAUAAAAAACUUCCUCAAGUCGUCGUCUUCCAGUUCCCGGUUUUCCUCUCUUUUCUUUUCUUUUGUUUCUAAUUCUUCCCAAACCGAUGGCAACCCACUUCCUUUCACUCCGCCACCGGCCGCCGCUUUCCGGGUUUCUUGGGAAAGCAGCGGAUUUAGUGACAAAAAUGGGUCUUUGUCCAGUGAUGGAGAAAGUGGAGUGUCGGAGGAUGUUCGGGUAUUCAAUCAAACGGCUACUUUACUUUCACUCCGACUGUUUCUUUCUCUCAGCUUCAAGCCUGCUCGUUCCGUUAGCAUUCGCCGGAUCCUGGCUUCCAUCUCUGACUUACCUCAGGGGAGCGAGCCAUCUCCGUCAGCCAGAGGUGCGAGGUCGCCCUUGCCACAAGAAUAUCCCAUAUUUGAGGAAAAUGAAUCUUAAUUUUCUGUGUUCUUUCUUAUAUAGUUUGAGAAAACAACACUUUUUUUCUUUUGAGUGUUGUAAAAGUACAAGAUGGUGUGUAUGUACCUAUGUAGAAUGAUAUAUAUAAAAACAUGAACAAUUA